CCGCAUACUCUACACACCUUUUAGUAAUUCUUCAAAGCAACAAACAUGAAGCUAACCAUCAGCUGCUGCAUUCUGGCCACAAUCCUGUUCUUCCUGUGCGCCACCAAUACAGACGCCUUUGUUCGCAAGCCAAAGAAACUCAAGCCAGAAUUGGAGGCGAAAUUCGAUGUGCUGACCGCCUGGAUUGCUUAUCGCCUCAACUUGAAGCAUGCCAAGGAAGCUUGUAUAGGCGAAUAUGGCUUUACGGAUCAACUGGCCACCAGUUUGGUCAAAGUACAAGUAGAGAAUCCUAGUGACCGUGAGAAAUGUUACGUCAAUUGUCUCUACACCAAGUUGAUCUUCUACAACAAUAAUCAAAUUAAUACGCAAGCGAUGAAGGAAUCGCUGAGUGAAAUUGUGGGUGAAGAACGUUUAUUGCAGAUCGUUAAUUCGUGUUUAACUGCUGGAGGCGCUAAUGACUGUGAUAAGGUGUAUAAGUUCCAUGCUUGUGCCUCGCCUGAAUUUGAUAAGGUGCGUGGUGAUAUCUUCUUGCCGGACGAAUGAAAUGAAUGAGGACUGGCAAGGAGGUGUCUAGAGAGUAAAGAAGUAUUAAGGCUAAGGAAAUUGUAUUAAGUAGAAGUUGAAUGAAAUUAUUUAAACCAAAUAAAAAAUUAAAAGUUAA